CGACUAUCCUCCACAUCUUCCUCGCCCCGUAGCUCUAGCCUCUCGGCGUCACCAGCGACGACCUCCACAGCUGGUGCCGGCGGUGGUGGCAGCGGCGGCGGUGGAGGUGGCAGCGCGACAAAGUCCCCCACCGACGACCGCGACUACGAGCAAGGCUUCAAGGCGGCGGACUACCAGAUCGUGGCCGCCAUCGACUUCGGCACGACCUUCAGCGGCUACGCCUACUCCUUCUCGUCCAACAAAGAUGCCGUGCAUGUCAACAAGAACUGGGGCCAGACGCAGGGCUUCCUGCUGCACAAGACGCCGACGUGUCUGCUGCUUAAGCCCGACGGGCAGUUCGAGGCCUUCGGGUUCGAGGCCACGUCUCGGUACCAUGACCUGACCGAGGAGGAGGCCAGCGAGUACCUGUACUUCGAUCGCUUCAAGAUGAAACUUUAUGACAAUAAGGACUUGACGACAGACUUGGUGAUACCUGCCGCCAACGGGAGAACACAGCUUGCGGUAGACGUCUUUGCCCACUCGCUGACGUUCAUGAAGAAACACUUGCUGAGAGCCGUCGGUGCCCACCUUGGGUACGAUCCCCAUCCGGAUACGGUUCGCUGGGUACUUACAGUACCCGCCAUCUGGGAUGAGAACGCCAAGCAGUUCAUGAGAGAGGCAGCUUACAGGGGGAGACUAAUCAGCAAGCCUAACAGCGAGCAGCUAGUUAUAGCCCUUGAGCCAGAAGCCGCGUCUCUACACUGCCGCCAUCUGCCAGAAACCGACUUUGUCGGCUACAAAGACAACUCUAUCAACAAGCCAACCUUUGAACCGGGCACCAAGUACUUGGUGGUGGAUGCUGGGGGUGGCACGAUAGAUGUGGUCGCUCACAAGAUCAGGAAAGAUUCAAGAAUUCGUGAGUUGUUCCGCGCCACAGGAGGGGCCUGGGGCGGCACUAUCAUCGACAGAAGGUUCCAGAAUCUUCUAGAACAGAUCUUCGGGGUGGACUUCAUCGAUGCCUUCCGGAGGGACUUUGCAAAAGACUUUGUGGAACUCUUACAGGAUUUUGAAAUUAAAAAACGCGGGGAGUGUGAAAACAUCCGCGUGUCUCUUCCCUACAACUUCUGCAACUUCAGGCACAACGGCAUCAGCGUGCAGCAAGCCAUCAAGACCUAUGCAGCGAACACCGGAAGUGACGUCAAAUUCUUCGGGAAGCUCGUCCUGUCUUCCACUGUUGUGACUUCUCUCUUUGAGGAUGUGCUAAAGCAGAUAAACGAUCACGUGGACAUGCUGCUUCAAAAGCCUAAGAUCAAAGACCUCCAAUACAUCUUUCUAGUCGGAGGCUUCGCAGAGUCCACGCGCCUGCAAAAGUCUCUCAGGGACGCUUUUGGAGAACUCACCAUCCUGGUUCCAGAGGAGGCCAGCCUGACUGUCGUCAAGGGCGCCGUGGCCUUUGGCCAUGACCCCUCGGCCAUCUGCCAGAGGAUCUGCCGCUUCACGUACGGCGUCGGGUCUUACCUCCCCUUCGUUGAGGGAGAGCACCGCGAAGAUUUGAGGGUGAACUCUGAUGGCAUGGAUUUAUGCAAGAAUAUCUUUCAAACCUGGGCCCACGCAGGUGAAGUCAUCGGUUACAAUGAGGUUUGGCAAGAAACGUACACACCUAUCAUCAACAAUCAGAAGGGAAUCAUAUUCGAGUUCUUCCGUUCCGGGAACAAACAUGUCAAGUACACGGACGAGGAGGGUGUGGAAAAGUGCGGCUUUUUAGUCGUGGAGAUGCCAGACCCCACGGGGGACCGGGAGAGAGCCGUGGACUUGGAGGUCAUCUUCGGGGGGACUGAGAUCAAGGUGGUGGGCUACGAUCACACUAGCAACAUCAGGAGAGAAACCUACAUCGACUUCUUGUCCCUGUAAUGGGAAAGACUGUCUCCUCCAUCGUGGCACGAACGUUGUAAGGUAGACUUUGGCGUAAAAUACAAACUGGAAUGGUCCGAAGUGGUUCCUGUUCAGUGUAGAGUGUUUUACAGUGUUUUGACAAUUAGCAUAAAAUAGUUUCUCUCUCGUGUAAAAUGUGCUGUUUGUCAGUUGUGUGGAUACCCAGUUCUUUUCUGGUUUGUUUCAUGUCAAACAUUGAAAAACGUGUUUUUUUCUUUUUUGCUUUUGGUUAUUACAGAUCAGGGAUGGUAUGGGUUGUCAAAUUGUGUAUAACCAAAGGUCUCUGCACUCAUAACUUAGAAAAGAACUCUUCCUAAAAAUGUAAUUGGGUGAACAAAUUUAAAAGUAAUUAGGUGUCCAAAGUCUUGAAUGACUGAACCCAAAAAAAGAGGCUCUGUUUGACCUUGACUUUCUGAUUCAAUGCAGCGAAUUCCGGUGAAUGUCUAUGUUUAAAAGAAUGAAAAAUUAGCAGCUGAUCACUGAGUUUGGUGCAAGCUAAACAUCACUUUUUUGUCUUGCUUCUUCAUAUUAAAGCGAAUGCUAAUUUUUUUUUUUUACCUUCUAAAAGUACUAGACACGUAGAAACAUUUAAAGUACUAGACACGCAAAUAAUUAUAAAUGACAAACAAAUAUAUGCAUGGCGGUCCCCACCCUACUCCUUCUCGCCCCACCCCUCCGUUUUGAUUCGCACUGGCUUCCAUAUUUUCUGUCGCAAUUUGCUGGACUAGUUUCGCAAAAUUUGAAAGCAGAAAAAUCAAGAGAAGUGUCUCACUUAUGUGACAGGUCAGUGGUUCUUGCUAACCCACAGGGUAGACCUGCUUUUUCAACUUUAUAUAUCAGAAUGAACUGUAAAAGAACCAUAAGCAAAUCGGGCUUCAGUAAGAAGCAGCUGCUUUUACACCUGCCGACAUGUUGCAGCAGAUGUUCCAGUGUGAUUUGUGAGCGUGGCAUAAUGACAUGCUAAGCUGAGCUAUUAUUGUGUGUUUAUGCUCGCUACUCUACACUGCGUCUCUUGUCCUUAAUUGUUUGCUCGUGAAACUCGGAGACUGUAUGCAAAAACCUAUUCAAAGGCUUACGUCACUUCUUCCCGAUCGUCUUUGCAGAAAUCUCUCAUGCGAAAAGUGACCUUAAUUUGUCCGCUUUUUACUGGAUUCCCAACCCUACAAUAUUUUAUUUUAAUGACGAGAAAUGAAAACCUUAAAUUUAUUGACAAAUUUGUAAGAAAGUACAAAUCGUGCUUCUAUUUUUGGAGAACCCGGUUGCACAGUUUAAGAACCAGAUCCAUUCUGUGCAGUUCUGGGGAAACGAUGAGAUCAGUCAAACAGAAUCCAGGUACCAAUAUUUUAUGACUCACUGCUCACGACUGAAGUCUUGCGGCUCAGAGUAACGUCCUUUGCCGUUAUUUUGCAGUUGCUUGUCUGUCGUUGAAGAAAGCUCACAAACUGUGCUCACAGCUCUGUGGACCAGAGCAACAUGUCUCCCGCUCCCUGACCUGCUCACGUUCGCAACAAUGGUGCUGAACUCGGAUCCCACAUUCAUCCCCUUUAGAUCGACAUUAUAUUAUUUGUCGAUCCCGAUAGUGAUUGUGUCAUCGAUGGCGAUUGGUUAUGAAGGUUAAAGAUCGCUCAAUUGGCCGAAACUGGGAUUUUCCUUUUAAAAUUCACAGAUACCAAGAGGAUCGAGUUCCUUGUGUCCUGCAAAAUCAUUCUUUACUUUUCACACACACACACACACACACAAAGAAAGGCAUGUGCGAUUUAAAUGUCUUCACCUUUAGUAGCAGAGACCCGUCAGUCCUUUCCUAGCUACCGUAUAGUUAUCUCUCACAUUUCUCUACCCUGAUCCAAAAAGCUUGGCUAGAUAAAGGUUAAAGGUCAUAGCUAGUGAUAGGGACGUUAAAAUGUCAUUUAUACUCAUUAAUCCUCCACAAACCUUCUAUGCCUUUGUUAAAAAUGAGACAAAAUAGGCGACUAUAGACUAGUAGCUCGAUUUCAAAAUUUUCAAGAACAAGAUCAAAUCCUCGAAGCUCAGCAACAACCUCAAUCAUAAUUAACCAUGACUUAGAUGUCUCCCUUAGCCUUUACCCCGCUCCCUUACCUCUUCCUGCUUGUACCGAAUGCUAGUAUAGCAUUUACCAAUGACGAUACGAUAUAUGGAUGAAAUUAUUGCUUGUACUUCCUGCUACCGUUGGAGAUAUGAUUUUCUAUGAUGUGCCUGAUUUACUCUUCUGGCUCUUUUGGGCGGAAGCUAAAAGCAAAGUGUUGUGACAUGUCGCAUCGUGUAUGUCGAACACCGAUGGUUGUCUAUAUAGUGUUGUGAGCUGUAAAUAUUUAUCCGCACAGGAUACACAUUUUUUUCUAAAUAAAACUAAAAUAUAAUUAUGA